UGUCCUUCCUGCAGGCUGCCAGACGCGCUGAGAAUGCCGCAGUGAGGGGCUGCCCACCCGCCUGCCCUGCUAUGGCUGCCCAUGGCCUCGGCUGGGCCACAGCACUAUAGCUGUAGCACCGGGCUCACACUCAGCACCCCGCAGCCAGCCUGCGAGAGCCGGGCCUGGCCCCCGGCCCCACAGCACAUCAAGCCCAUCUGGAGGCUGGAGAGGAAGCAUGUGAGGGCUCCACCGGUCCCCAGCCUGCUCCACCCGGGGCCCCCCAGCUUCCCACCCCUGCCUGUGCCAUGCCCUGGUGACACUGCCCACUCUGGCCUGCCCCUGCCCUUCCCCAGCUCCCCAGGGAGCACGCUGCUGUACCGCCGAUCCUACGCCCGGCAGAGACCCUACCAGCGGCUUGAGUCCAUCUGUCUAUGCUCGAGCACUCUCAAGCGCCGGUCGGUCCCCCUCCCUCCCCAGGGCCCCCCAGCCAGCAAUUUCACCCAGGGCCCUGGCAUGCUGUCAGCCGCCCCAGAGCUGGCCCCGCUGCCACGGGCGCCUAAAGACCGUCCCCCUUCACCUAAAGACUCCCCCCUGGGCUUGGGGCAGCCAGCUCCCAGUCCCUACAGACCCGUGCUGAACAACAAUGCCUUCCUGCGGCCAAGCAGUGCCCAAGUGCCUUCGCCCCCAUCCCCUGAGAGAAAGAGAGGGAAGAGUUCCCUGAGGCCACUCGCCAUGUCCUGGGCCCGCACUGGGGGCACCGGCGAUGGCUCCAUUGCAGGCCUGGAGAACAGACCCAUGAAGGGGCCCCAGCCGGCUGUCCUGGCCUGCCUGCCCCCCACCCUUGAGGGCCUGACCCCGUGGUGCCUGGAAGACGCGGAGAUUCGGCUGCGGAGCCUGCAGACCAGGGAGCGUGAGAUCCAGCUGACAGAGGCUGUAAGGCAGCUGAGGGGGAAGGUGAGCACCUGCGAAGACUACGGCCGGCACCUCGACGCUGUCUGUCCAGCCGCCAGCGGCCUCCGCUGCAAUGUACUCCCUGUGGCCGGGCACUGGAGACCGCACCUCCUCACCCAGCUGAGUCCCCAGGCCACCCUGGCCCCCCAGAGCUCUGAGCUGAGGCACUGCAGCCUCCCUGGGGGCCAGAGCCCUCCCAGUGCCAGUGCCUGCACGAAGCGCAUCAGUGUUCAGCUCCUCGCCCCCAGCACCGAAGCGCCCACCCCCCUGCCCUGUCGUGGGCUGGACCUCCUGUCACUGAGCAAUGGGGACACAGCUAGGCCCAUGCACCUCACCGCUGUCUCCAGAGUCGCUGCCCAGAUCGCCACCGUCCAGCUAGAUGAGGACAAGUGCAAGGCCAUGGGCAUGCCGAGGGUAUCCCCACAGCUCCCGGACGCUUCCCCCAGUGAGCCUGAGGACGAGGCAGAAGAGGAACUUCCCGAUGGGCUGGAUGAUGAGAGCCAGGAUGGGGAGGAGGAGGAGGAGGACGGCGAGUCAGACAGCUCCUCUGUCAUGGGCCUGUCACCCAGUGGGUCAGUGGCACUCAUAUCCAGGAGCUGCCAGGAGGGCCUGGCACAACGGGUAGAGGCCCAGGAGAGGGUGCUCAGACCAGCCCUUUUGGGCAGCCUCUUCCCCAACAUGCCCCCAACCAUCUACUUUGGGACCUGCGACGAGAGAGUGGAGAAGCUGCCCUGGGAACAGCGGCGCCUGCUGCGGUGGAAGAUGAGUUCAGUCACCCCCAACGUCGUGAAGCAGACAGUCGCCCGCUCACACUUCAGAGUCAGCAGAAGGAACAGUGACUGGCUGGGCUGCUGGGGCCACCACAUGAAGUCUCCAGCCUUCCGCAUCAUCAAGGAGCACCAGAAGAUCAACCACUUUCCCGGCUCAUUCCAAAUCGGGCGCAAGGACCGGCUGUGGCGGAACCUGGCCAAGAUGCAGACACGCUGCGGCAAGCGGGACUUCAACUUCUUCCCCCAGUCCUUCAUCCUGCCUCAGGAUAUCCGGGGGCUGCGCCAGGCCUGGGAGGAGGGUGGCAACCGCCAGAAGUGGAUCGUGAAGCCGCCGGCGUCAGCAAGAGGCAUUGGCAUCCAGGUCGUCCACAAGUGGAGCCAGCUGCCCAAGCGCCGGCCGCUGCUGGUGCAGAGGUACCUGCAUAAGCCAUACCUCAUUGGAGGCAGCAAAUUCGACCUGCGCAUCUAUGUCUACGUCACGUGCUAUGACCCACUCCGCAUUUACCUCUUCAGGGAUGGGCUUGUGCGCUUUGCCAGCUGCAAGUACUCAUCCUCUAUGAAGAGCCUUGGCAACAAGUUCAUGCACCUGACCAACUACAGCGUGAACAAGAAGAACACAGAGUACAAGGCCAAUGCUGACGAGACUGCCUGCCAGGGCCACAAGUGGGCACUGAAAGCACUUUGGAGCUACCUGAGCCAGAAGGGGGUGAACAGCGAGGCCAUCUGGGAGAAGAUCAAGGACAUUGUCAUCAAGACCAUCAUUGCGUCGGAGCCCUAUGUGACGAGCCUGGUGAAGAUGUACGUGCGGCGCCCGUACUGCUGCCACGAGCUCUUCGGCUUUGAUGUCAUGCUGGACGAGAACCUCAAGCCCUGGAUCCUGGAAGUCAACAUCUCCCCAAGCCUCCAUUCCAACUCGCCGCUGGACAUGAGCAUCAAGGGCCAGAUGGUCCGCGACCUGCUGAACCUGGCUGGCUUUGUCCUGCCACCCACCGAUGACGUGGCCUCAGGCACCACCAGUGGCAGGAGCUCCGCCACCAGCCUGAGCAGCACUGUGAGAGAGAAGCCCCAGCCGGCCCCAGAGCAGCUGGUGGCUGAGAAGAUGAAGAGGGCAUAUUACCUGAUGCAGAAGGCGCCCAACCAGCUCUGA